AUGACCGACACCAGAAAAACCGUCCUGAUAACAGGCUGUUCCCCCGGCGGCAUCGGCCACUCCCUAGCCCUAGAAUUCCACCGCAAAAAUUUCCGCGUCUUCGCAACCGCCCGCAAAACCUCUACCAUCACCGACCUAGAAUCCCAAGGAAUCGAAACCCUCUCCUUAGAAGCAACAUCCUCCCCCUCAAUCCAAACCCUCGCCUCAGAAAUCUCGGCGCGAACCGGAGGCGGAAAACUAGACUUCCUGAUCAACAACGCCGGCCGCAACUACACCGUCCCCGCCACCGACAUAGAACUAAACGAAGUACGAGAAACCUUCGAAACCAACGUCUUCGCCGUAAUGAGCCUGUGUCAAAUUUUCACCCCAAUGUUAAUCGCCUCGAAAGGCACAAUCGUCCAAAUCGGAUCUCUGGCUGCGAUUUUACCCUACGUGUUUGGAUCGGUGUACAACGCGUCGAAAGCCGCUUUGCACGCGUACUCGGAAACCUUGAGGGUGGAGCUCGCGCCUUUUGAUGUGAAAGUCGUGACGGUGGUGACGGGGGGUGUGAAGAGUAAUAUUGCCAGGACGAAGAGGACUUUACCCGAAAAUUCGAUUUAUUUGCCGAUCCGCGAUAUGUAUGAGGAGAGGCUUGUGCACAGUCAGAGUAAUGGGGUGCCGAAUGAGGAGUAUGCGAGGAGGGUUGUGGGGCAGCUUUUGACGCGGCCUGGGAAGGAUCGGAUUUGGGAGGGGGGGAAGAGUUGGGUGGUUUGGUUUGUUUAUACGUUUUUGCCCAGGUGGGUUAUGGGGGCGGUUAUGACGAGGAUGUUUCAGUUGUGGAGGUUGAAGGGGACGGGGCAGAAGAAGGUGAAUUGA